AUGGUACCCGAUCCAGUUGAAGUCAUUGACUUGACAGAGCUUACCGACUCUUCUGACGACGGAGAAGACCUUGAUGCCGACCAGGAUGAUUCUCAAUCGUCUUCGGAGGACGAGGACGGUUCAUCCGAAGGUGGCGAAGUGGCUAUCGACGCGACAUCUCGCGCCGCCCUUCACCAAGCUAUUUCAUCUGUCUCGGAGAGGCAGCUGCGCCAGGUUAUCGCCAAUCUAGUGGACACCGUUCCCGCUGUUGAACGGGCGAUGACUAGAGAGCUCGUGUCUUUCCAUCUGAGGUCCCGAGAGGCAGCACCACGAUGGGAGACUUGUGGAAACUGUGGCGAAGAAUAUGAUCUGGAGGUGAAGCGAGAGCCCAACGAAUGCAACUUUCAUCCUGGCGAAAUCGAGGUGGACGAAGCAUGUUUUGUAGACUGGGAUGAGGAUUGCCAUGGCCCUAUGGACACCCUUGCGAAUCGGCGCGCUUACCCGGAAAAUUUUUUAUGGACUUGCUGCGAAGAAAACACCGGAAGUGGGGGAUGUGUUAUCCAAGAACACAUGCCCGCGGUACCACGGAAAAAGCAGCGCCUCUGA